GGUGCGGUCCAUGGCAAGCACAUCAUGGCGAUUGAAGGUGGAGAAAGAACCUGUGGAGUACAUGAACUUAUCUGUAUUAGAAAAGAAUCUGGAAUCUGGGUGCAUGCUGAUCUCCCAUUGACUUCUGUUCUAUUACUGUACCCCAUCAGAGAGAUGUGAGGAGUUGGUUGAAAUUCAAAUCGGGAACAUGUCCAAAGACCACCACAUCUUUUGACACCAACAACUGUCUGUGCUUCCUUAGAAGGAGCCACCUGACAACUGGGUGGUUCAACAAGGUGGCCCCAGGAAAGUAUCUCCAGAGGCAGUUGGAUUUUUGUCAGCUGUUGGGGUGUUUAUUAUCUUGAUGCUGCUCCUUUUUCUCUAUAUUAAUAAGAAGUUCUGUUUUGAAAAUGUUGGCGGUUUUCCAGAUCUUGGUUCAGGAUACAGUACAAGGAAGAAUUCACAAGAUAAAAUUUAUAAUUCCUACAUGGACAAAGAUGAGCAUGGUUCAUCCUCUGAGAGUGAAGAUGAAGCACUGGGUAAAUACCAUGAAGCCUUAUCCAGAACACACAAUUCCAGACUACCAUUGGCAGAUUCCAGACAAAAGAAUUAUACUUGGGAAACAAGACAAAAAUAUAGUCCUCUAUCUGCAGAGUAUGAUGGCUACAGUAGUGAAGCAUCAAUAGAUGAAGGAAACUGCAUUCAGAGAAUGAGAAGAACACCCCCACUGGAUGAAUUGCAGCCACCACCAUAUCAGGAUGACAGUGGUUCUCCCCAUCUCUCAUGUACACCCUCAGAAAUUGGGGACAGUAAAUGUGAAUUUUCCCACUGCAGCAACAGUCCAAGAUGCUCAUAUAACAAGUGCCCAAGUGAAGGAAGCACAGGUCAUGAAAUAGAAAGUUUUCAUAAUAAAGGAUAUGAAGAAGAUGUUCCAAGUGACAGCACUGCAGUCCUGAGCCCUGAAGACAUAUCAGCCCAAGGAUCAUCUUCACAGCUUCCUAAACCUUUUGAUCCUGAGCCAGAAGCUAAGUAUGGCACACUGGAUGUGACUUUUGACUAUGACUCACAAGAACAGAAGCUUCUGGUAACAGUGACAGCUGUCACAGAUAUCCCAGCAUAUAACAGGACAGGUGGCAACUCAUGGCAAGUACACCUUGUUCUUCUCCCCAUAAAGAAACAGAGGGCAAAAACCAGCAUCCAGAGAGGACCAUGCCCCGUCUUCACAGAAACAUUCAAAUUUAAUCAUGUCGAAUCUGAGAUGAUUGGAAAUUAUGCAGUUCGAUUUAGACUGUAUGGUGUACAUCGCAUGAAAAAAGAAAAGAUUGUGGGGGAAAAGAUUUUUUAUUUAACAAAAUUGAAUCUUCAAGGGAAAAUGUCAUUACCUGUGAUAUUGGAACCUUCUUACAGUCAUUCUGGCUGCGACUCCCAAAUGAGCAUGUCAGAGGUGUCCUGUAGUGAAAGUACAUCCUCAUGUCAGUCUCUUGAACAUGGCUCAGUUCCAGAAAUUCUCAUUGGCCUGCUUUAUAAUGCCACGACUGGAAGACUAUCAGCAGAAGUCAUAAAAGGCAGCCACUUCAAAAACUUGGCAGCAAACAGACCACCCAAUACAUAUGUUAAAUUAACUCUACUGAAUUCCAUGGGUCAAGAGAUGUCCAAAUGCAAAACUUCCAUCCGCAGAGGGCAGCCAAAUCCAGUAUACAAGGAAACUUUUGUUUUUCAAGUGGCCCUAUUUCAACUUUCUGAUGUGACACUCAUACUGUCUGUGUAUAACAAACGCAGCAUGAAAAGAAAGGAGAUGAUAGGCUGGAUUUCUCUAGGUCUGAACAGCUCUGGAGAAGAGGAACUCAAUCACUGGACUGAAAUGAAAGAGUCGAAAGGACAGCAAGUAUGUAGAUGGCACGCACUGCUAGAGUCAUGAUGACUAGGAUAAACAAGCGCCUGCAAUCCCAGGCAGCGUUGCUUCCUAUUGCAGCAUUACCGUUUUUACCUAGUCACCAUUAGAAGAGUUAUUCUUUGAAGAAUCAUCUCCAGCAUUCUACCACGUGUUUUCAGUCCUGUGGGAAGAACAUUUAACACUGACAUGAAUGGAGAAAGGCCGUGUCUCUGGUAGAGCUUGUUUGGGAAAAUGAAAAACUUAUGUCGUCAUUGUUAAACUAACAGUCUUUCAGAGCUUUAAUUUAAGAACAUGCUUUUGAAGUUAAUUUUACUUUAGCAAAAAAGCCAGUCAUUUCGUGAAAAAAUCAAUAUUAUAAGUGAUUUUUUAAAUCAUAAUUUUUCAUUGCAACAGUAUCACCCUACAUAUUACCCAUAAAACAAAUUUUGACUGGCUCAUCCCUGGUGUUUGAAAUGUUCCUUAAUAUGAGAAAGUAGUUCUUCCUGACUCUGUCAUAAUCGUAUCUAAUGCUGAAGGAUUUCCAUCACACUGAGAAUUGUUUUAUUUCUGACAUUUUCCCUUUGUGCAUUUAGUUUCGUUGUGCCUCAGUUUUUUUCCAGUAGCACUAAAUCUAAGUGCAAGCAAGAUUUCAUUUUCAUAAAGGAGUUUUUUUAAUAUAUUACUUUAAAAAUCCGUUUUUUCAUUUGCCUCUGCUUUUGCCUGAUCCAAAGAGACCAAGUCGCUGUACUGGUCCCUUGCAAGUCUUUUAGACAGGUUGUACUGUAGAACUUGUAACUUUCUGUUGAAAGCACUUCCUGUAUUCCUGUAUUCCAAUGUAGGAAGCUAAUAGAGCAGGACCUUACCUUAAAAUUUCAACAAUUGACUCUUUAAAGUUGUAGUAAUGUGCAAAUGCAUUUUUUACAAACUGAAAAAUAUAGUAGAUAAGGUGGUGAAAAUUGAAAACAACUCAAAGACAAUUUUAAUGAUCUGCUCUGAGUAUUUAGUAACCAACACUGCGUAAAGCAGGUAGCAUUCAAAUAAGAAACCAUUCUCUCUCAAUCUUCACUCUGACUUCAAUUUGUAUUUGUGAUGUUAAAGACUCUCCAGUUCUGUUUGAACCAGAACAUCAUGUUCGAAACAGUCCUGAGAUUCCUUAUGAAGUUUCUAGUGACUUGUGACUAGAUUUUAUGAAAUUUACAGAUACGUUCUUCAACGUGAUGUCAUCCUGUGCCUUUCAUGUAAGUUAAAUUUGCUCAUACAGCUUAAAAGUUGUAUUUGCAAAAUUAGGCCUUCGAUUUUUAUAAAUUUAAAGAUUCCUCAGAACAGUGUCACAAGCUCUUUAUUUCCUCUGAAGUAUGUAAAAGUUGUCAAAUGUGCUGUUUUUUAAAUGGCAAGGCAUUCUCAUUUGUCGUUUUUAUAUUUAGGAACUCUGAUUAAUCAGGAAUAUUAUAAGCUGUUUUCUUUUUAAUUUUGCUUCUUACCUAAUAUAUAAUUUUAUGCAUAUACUUUAUUAAAUAGACUGUUUUAUAUAGAUGAAAAAUAUUUCUUUUUUUCUCUUUCUUAUUUCUAGCUAAAUGAAACAAAAAACAAACUAUUUAGCAAUUACUGCAAAGCAGUAUAUAACUUUGUUCAUAGUCUCAACUAAGUACUAUAUAUUAUCGUAAGCUAGAACUUGUUAUUACCAUAAUAACUAAACCAUGUACAGAUAUUAUUAUUUCAACUUGGCUGUACUGAGGGCCUUAAAAGAAAUCCAAAAAGACAGUGAACUCCUAAUAUUUUUAGUUUUAAAAAAUGGCAGCUCUAUACAUUAAUACACAUGAAUUAUAAGAUAAAAUACAGAUUCUGUAUUGGGCGACAUGAGGUUUAAGAAUGUAUGUGAUAUAGAGUUGCAUUAAAGGGGAAAAUUCGUUUUUUAUUGUUACAUUAAUCAUCCUUUCUAGGGUUUUUUAUGAGUCAGAUUGUAAAGUUAGACUGAAUCAAAUGGCAAAAUAUCUCUUUUAAAGUAUUUUCAGCAAUGGUGUGCAGAGAUUCGAAGGGCGGGUGUAGAUUUUACUGAGAAGAUGGUUUCAGGCAUUUGAUGCUGCAAGUAUCUCUUCUGGCUUUGAAACAACUGACUGCAUUGCCAACAAUUGGCAUCUUCCUAAUAAAGUUACGGUCUUAUUUGUAGCCAUUACAAAGCCUGAUCAAACAUAUAAAAACAGCUGGGUGCUUUUUCCUUCAGUAAGGAAAAGACCUAACUAGCUGUUAUAUGUUAAAUCUGUCUUUUUUCAGACUAUGCCCAGAAUUGUGUGUGUGUGCUUUGAUAUAUCCUUAGGGGCUUGCCUGGUAUAAGAAUCAAAUCUAAUAUGUCCUAAAAAUUAAUUAACAAUUUAAAAACGUUUAAGAAGGACCCUACCUCUACCCUAGCCGCCAAGUCCUCAAAGAUUAUGAAUUACAUGUAUGUGCAUCUGUGUGUACACACACACAUGCCUGGACGUGCACACACACUGCACAUACACUGCACAUACACAUACACACACAUACACAUAAAGAUGAAGGCGCCCUGGCUUUUCCAGAUAACUAAAUAGAAAAACUUAGCAAGUAUAUGGAUCAUUUUUCUCUUUUCUAUAUUUGCUAGAAAUUUAUUUGGUUUGGGUGCUAUUUGCUGCCAUCCUCCUCUACACACAGCAAAAUAUAUAUCUUUUUAUCCUGUGGAUUGACACAAUUUAGAGUAAUUACUCCCAAAAGUUUGUCUAUUCUUUUAGAAAAAUAUUAAAUAGGACUCAAGAGACCCACUUCACUCUACUGAAUCUAAUGUAUGAGACAGUACUCCUUCUCUUUUGUGUGCUCAAAUUUGCAUGAAGGCUUAAAGGCAAAAUCUUAUAUCUCAGUAAUUAUAGCAAAUAGGGGCCCACCGGUGGGGAGCAGGUGUUGUCUCAGAAACUUGAGAAAGACAACCCACUUUCUUAUUGUUCUCUUAAAAUCUCCCACGUUUUAAAUAAAAUGAGAUAGUCCAAAUGUGGCAAUUGACUGGCAUUCAUGUAAUUCCUGAGCCUAGAAUUACAGACUUUGUCUCCCAAAUGAGCUGCAAAAUGUAGUUUUUUUAUUACUGCCCAAGAAACAAAGUGUAUUUCAAAUCAGUAAAGAGUUUUAGUGUAAUAUCCUCGUACCUUUCAGAAGCUUUCUUCUACAAUUUUGGUCUUCUGUACUAUCCACAUUUUGUGUGAAACCAUUUGCAUAUUUUCUUACUAUGCAUUCAGUGAAUUCUCAAUAACGUAUUUAGUGACAAAAAUAAUAAAUGGACCACAAUU